CCUCACAUAUAUCAUCUGCAUACACAUCAUCACCUCUCUCUCUCUCUCUCUCUCUCUCUCUCUCUCUCUCUCACAGUUUCUAGCAGUGUCUGAAGAUGAGGCCUUCCAUGAAGCUGAUUGCAACCAUGUUGCUUGUACUCUUGUGUCUCAUGGCCAAUGUAAUGGUGGAAGCUAGGACAUGUGAGUCGCAGAGCCACAAAUUCAAGGGGACCUGCGUCAGCAGCACCAACUGUGGUAAUGUGUGCAAGAAUGAAGGAUUUCAUGCCGGAAAGUGCCGUGGAUUCCGACGUCGUUGCUUCUGCACUAAACACUGUUAAAUCAACUUCUACUACUUUUGGGUUAUGUGUAUCCGGUCGCCGGUGUUCCCUUUCGGAAUUAAGUUUCAGUUCGAGUCAUGUGUCCCUGUUUACUUUUUGUUUUUGGUGUCUGACGCGUGUCCAUGUGUGUACGUACUUCUUCGCUAAAUAAGCUUUGGUUCCUUUUCUAAA